AUGCGGCCUUCCAAUAUGGCGGCAUCUGCAGCACGUUCUUCUCGACUGCGAGAGGGAGGGACAGCUGGCCCUCUGGACCGACCCCAGCUACAGCAGCAGCAGCAGCUGCACCUACAGCUGGAAAAGCGGAUCGCGGAACGGCAGCAGAUGCAGGUGGGGCAGUUACAGAAGCGAAAGUUGCAACACAAGCAAGUGCAAAGGCAACAAGUGCAGCGGCAGGAAUUGCAGCAACAGAUACGACAGCGGGAGCAGAGGGGGCAGCAGCUGCUGCUUCUACUGCAGCAGCGUCUGCAGAAGCAACGUCAGCAGUUACUAGUGGAGAAGAAUCUCAUGUGGCGGAGACGAACACGGCACGAGCCGCUGCCGCAGCAGCAUCAACAGGAUGGCGUGGCAGAGUCGCACGACAAGUGCUGGUUUUCACGGGGUCGGAGGGAAGCCCUUCGUCUUUGUAUUCCAUCAGAAGCAUCUGCAGAGAACCCGAGUCGUUUGCAUUUGCAUCAAUGCGUUGGCUCGUUACCUGCGGAUGGGGAGCCCUGCGAUGCAGAAAAAGAAAGGGGAGGGGUAGAGUACGGAGAGGAAGAUGAAGACAAGCUUGAAGGAAAAGAAGAGGGGCAAUGGGGGGAAAAGAAGGACGACGGAGAUAAAGCAGAUGAAGGAGGAGCAGGAGGCGGUGAAGUUUUGGGGAAUGGUGUUGCGGCCCUAUUAGGAACAGAUACAGCGACACUAGCAGGUACGGCAGCACCAGCAAGCACAGGUGCAGCAGCAGGCACAGGUGCUGCAGCAGAAAGAGCUGAGGCAGCAAACAGUUUCACAGGGACAAAUAUAGGUUCAACAAGAGCCACACAUUUACCAGAAACCGCUGUUGCAACGGCUUCUGCAACCGAAGUAGGAAUUAUAGGGUCGGCGGCCGUCAGACCAGCAACGGCGGAUGCAGCUGGGUCCAGGCUGCACGAGGGGACACCCUAUGACUUCCCUGGCGGCAAAAGCAGCAGUAUCACCACCACCAGCAGCGGGAACCGCACAACUCUUCGGCUUUGGGUAAACCCGUCACCGGAGCAGAAGCGGGAGCUGGGCAACUUCCGUAGCAUCAGCAGAACCAGCAACUCAGGCGGCCACUCCCCUCUGCGCUCUAAACGCUUCUGUGUUUCUGGCUCCCCAAAAUCGGCGAUAGAAGGAGGGCAGGAGAUGAAGGGCGACUCGAGCCUUGUUAACGGCAGCGGUAGGAGAAAUAACUCGAGGUACGGCCGCAAGCGUUUCCGAUCACGAAACAGGUGUGGCUGUCCAGGAUGCAACCGCAGCAGCAAUAGCAGUAGGAGCAGCAGCGAAGACGGGAACAUCGGGGGCCGGUGGAGAAGAGAAGGACGAAACCUACGACUAUCAUCUGCUCUCUACAAUGAUAACGACAGGCGGAGAGACGGGAACAGGAGCCGCAGCAACAGUUCCUGCUACGGCAGCUUUGGUAGCAGUAUCAAGGAGGUGGUUGACUGUGACAGUGAUGAGGACGGCGAGAGCCACUUUGUUCGCUUGUGCGUUGCUUCAGCAGAGGCAGUUAGGCCAGUGGCACCACCGGGUAUAGGGGAACAUACAGCAGCCAUGCUUGUUGGGCAUCGGAGCAGCAGCACUGGCAGUAGCCACAGCAGCGACAGCACAUUCAGCAAAUGCAACGGCCACUACGACAAUUGGUGCAACAGCAACGACACUAACGGCAACGGCAGAUCGCUGCGAUUUGAACGUUCUGUUUGCGGGUCUUCUUCGUCGAAACAGCUCCCGCAUCAGUUGCUAUUUCCACUUCGCAUAGCCUCAUUUGGCUUCAGAGCGCGAGAAGCAGUAGCGGCAGCUCCUGCCCGUGUUAGGCCAUUUACUGAUUCCCCACCAGCAACGACACAAAGCGUGAGCGGCGAUUCUAGCAAUGGCGAGCAGGAGCUCUGUGGGUUCAAUUUUUCGCGUUUCUCGUUGAUUCGUGGGCAUCGGGGGAGGCACCAGCUUCAGCGACACGGGCCAGUUUUUGUACCGAGCAAAACAGUCACUGACUUGGCUGAACAAACCAGGGAUGGUCCAGGAGUCGCAGGACGUGUCCAUCGCAGCCGCAGGGCAGCGUCAGCUACCUCCGCAGCUGGAGGCAAUUCGACAACAGCUGCAGUGACGCAUGCCGGUGCUGGUGUUCGAGGCAGCGCAGUAGAGGCGUCACCGCGUGUUGCUCUCCGAGGUCAAACACCAAAUGGAGCGCAUGCAGCAUCGACUGAAGAACGUGCUGCCGGUGGAUGUCACGCUGCAGCGAUUGGAACGCGCCUGACUCCUCGGGAUCGAACAGCAUUAGCGGCAGCAUUGUCUGCUGGGGCUGCUGGGGGCAACGCCAGUGUCAGUGCGCUUGUCCCUCGAAAUAGUGGGGCAGCACUUCGCGUGCAUGUUGUUCCCUCGUCUCUUCAGGGUGACGCAGCACGCGCAGCUCUGGCAGCAUUUGAAGGGCGGCCGCCCAUUGCAGCAAUGAGGCCUCCCAUCCCUCAGCCGUUUCAGGCCUUGCCGCACAGUAUGAUGCCUCCAGGCAUGGCUCCGUCAGGAUUUCCACCCCACCUGCAGGCGAUGCAGCACCAGCUGCAGGUGCAACAGCGGCUCGUCGAGCAGCAGCGAGAGGGUCAACACCGUCGCCUAGCAGUAGCAUUGAGGCACCACUGGAGGCUCGUUCCAGGUGAUGCUUCUGCUGCUGGGGCGGCCGAUGCGGCUAUCCGCGGCCGGCAUACGGGGUUAAGGCACUCGCCUUCACAGCGGUGUCAGCCUCGACUUACCAUGGCGCAGGCAGAAGUAGCGUUUGCCGAGGUCAGUGGCACCAUCGAAAGUGUGCUCCUUGUGCUGCAACGCCACCAGCAGCUCUUUGGUGAUGGCCCUACGUGGGAGCAACCCCAGCAACGGGGAACUCCGGCCCACGUACUGGAGCAGUUGCCUACGCUCCCCUUCAAGCGCCGGCUUUCGACCCCUUGCAGCAUGUGCAUUCCGUCCAACAGCAGCGGUAGCCGCGGAGGAACUGGCCACUUUGGGGAUACUGACAAAUGCGCAAUAUGUCUAGAGUCGUUCGCGGAAGGCAGAAUUGUCCGGUUCCUUCCCUGUUUUCACUUUUUCCACGCUUGCUGCGUAGAUACAUGGCUAGAACAGAGCGACACAUGUCCCAUCUGCAAGUGGCCUGUGCAAUGUACGGUCCCUUCUCAUGCAGAAGCUCUUGCUGAAGUGGAGCCCUCUACUACUUUGUCGUCGCCUGCUUGUUACAGAGGUGCUGCUGUUGUGCGCACAUCGCGGGAUUUUAAAGCGCAAGAGGGUGAUGAUGCAUCAACUGAAGAAGACGCCUACGGUGCGGCGUAUGCUCAGUAG